AUAAAACCGAAUGUAGUUUUUCUGGAUUUCCUUUUGAGCUAGACCAAGCCGUAAGCUAGACCAAGAAAUCAGGUGUUACCCUAUUAUAGGCUGCUGUGUUAUCAAACAUCUUUAGAGCAGUUUUCUUAACUUCGAAAUAGAAAUGAAAUUCGGUUGUUUAUCUAUUUUCCUUAUAGCUUUUACUGCAUUUGUUUAUAGCCAGGAACAACUAGAGGAGCAGAUAAUCGGUAGGCAGGAAUAUGCAGUAGAAAAAAUUGCGCAAGUUUGGCCUUGGAACGAUAAGGUAGAUGAUCGACCAUUCAGAACAAGAGAUUGCUUUAGACCUGUAGAUGCUAGUAUCACACCCGUAGGCUGUUAUGCAAAUAUUCCUACGUGGAGAUGGGACAUGAAAAGUAAAGCUUGCAAAUAUGUUAUAUUUGGAGGAUGCAACGAGACGAAAAACCUUUUCUUUACUAAAGCUGAAUGUGAAGAAGUGGCGAAGCCAGUUUGCAAAAAGUUUACUGAUAUUCUGGGAAAAAUAAAUUUACUUGAUGUACUUGAUGUGCUAAUUUAUAAACUUCAAGAAUGAUACUAUUGUUUACCUAAUUCUAUAUUCACUUAUUGUACUGAUGAUUUUCAUUGUUUAUGAUCUGUAAUAUAUUGAUUAUCAAAAAAAAUGUAUAUG